CUAAACUUACUACCACAUAAUACUCUUCUACCAGUGUAGUUUGAUACUAGAUUUAUUUCCAAUUCUAAAAACGGUCAUUCCAAUUUCACCACCAGCUUUUUCUUGAAAAGUCAAGAAAAAGUAUAAUUUUUGAGAAAAUCCGCGUAAAACAACGUUCCCGAGUGUAAUUUCAUUGUCUCGGUCAGUGUUAGAAGAAGAAUAGGGUGAGAACAAAAUGAUUUUCUCAGCAGGAUCAAUGGCUUCCAGAGUAUCUCGCAGCGCCCUGCUAAUGGGUUGUGGAGCUCUGGGGUACUAUUUUUAUAAGAAGUAUACAAACCAGGAGAACUCUGCUGGUGGAAAUGCUUCAACAUCUAACAAUGAUUUUUCCUGCAGUAACGUUGCCCCUCAAGAUAAUUUAGAACUAACAGCUGAUUUAGAAUCUGAAUUGUACGCAACUGACACUGAUUUAGAAUUGUCAACCACUGCUUCAGAAGAGUCUAUUGAUUUAAUAAUGCCCUUACCAGAAAGACAAGAAAUACCGCUAAUAGAUGGAGUGGAUAUUGAAGGAGUUGGUGAUGAAGAAAUUGAUUAUAUUAUUCCUCCAAAUUUUUGGGAUGAUCUUGAAUGUGAUUAUUCAUUCGACUACGGGGAUGAUUUCUACGAGAGCACUCCCCAAAGAUCAAGAGCGACCAGUGAUUCUGAUACUAUCGUUCUGUAUUUCCACCCAUUAAAUGAAGAUGGGACUAUUCGAAUUGAAAAGGAAUGAAUGAUGCAAAUAAUAUUGUUCCUAAACCUUUAGGUAAAUACUUUUAAUGUUUACUCGUUUGAUUUUUUAUUUACGGUUUCAUUUGUUUGCGCUUAGUGUUCGCAUACCGUAUGAUAUUUCUUAUAUAACAACUAAUACUUAGUCUAGUUUUUUCAAUGUAGGUAGUUUAGGUAUUUCAUUCGUUGUAUUUGCAUUUGGAUAUAAAAGUUC